AAAUAUGUAUGUAUGUUACCCUCAUUGACAACUGCAUACAUCCCCAGUUCCACCCGUCCUUAGCUUGAGACCACAAAGGAUCACCACACUGAAGAGAGUCCGUUCUCAUUCUCAGCACUCGAGUCAGUCGCAGCAUUGCCUGUCAACUUGCAAUCCAUCAAUUCACCAUGAGUGUCUUGUUUUGUGUGAGAUUGUAUUGUGAAUGGUGUUGAUGGCAGAAAUAUUACUGCAGUGCAGCAGUGAGAGAAAUUAUUGCAGAAGUUGUGUGAUUUCAGUGACAGGCCAGAGGUGUGCAUCUGAGGCCCUCUGGUGGCCAAACAUAUUUUUGUUCUCUGAAAUGUUCGCAGUAAAAAGACUGGUUUGAACUUGUAUUGACAAAAGGCAUUGUCUGUAGGUGGCACUGUUAGCAAAUGAACGUAAAGGAAUUAAAAACCUAUUUUGCAGCCCCAUGCAGCAUGUAAAUCCACAAUGCAAUGUUGACAUUUAUAGUCAAACAUAACUACAUACUCAUAACUUGCAGAUAAUCAGCUUGGCUGUGUAUUGUCGUGAUUUCAUCCUCUCUACUUCUCCUCUUCUCUCCCUCUCCUCUCCCCCUCUUUCCUCCUCAUCUCUCCCUCUCCUCCUCCACCCUCCUCCUUCUCUCUUCUCUCCUCUGUACCUCUGCUGGUCUCUCCUCCUCUCCCUCUCUUCCUCUUGUCUUCCUCCCCCUCCCUACCUUUCUCCAUCUCCUCUCCCUCCCAGGGCCCAUCAGCAGUAUCCUGGUGAACAAGUAUGGUAGCCGACCCAUCAUGAUGCUGGGAGGCUGUUUGGCAGGCAGCGGCCUGAUCGCCGCCUCUUUCUGCAACUCUGUCGAAGGCCUCUACUUCUGUGUGGGAGUGGUGGGAGGUCUGGGUCUGGCAUUCAAUCUCAAUCCGGCCCUCACUAUGAUUGGCAAGUACUUCUACAAGAAGAGACCCAUAGCCAAUGGGAUCGCCAUGGCUGGGAGCCCGGUCUUCCUGUCCACGCUGGCCCCGCUGAACAGCUGGUUCUUCGAUCACUUCGGCUGGAGAGGCAGCUUCCUCAUCCUGGGAGGGCUGCUCCUCAACUGCUGCGUGGCCGGUUCUCUCAUGAGACCCAUCGGGCCCAAGCCCCAGCCGGCUGUCAUCGACCCGGACGGCCCGAAGAAGACGUGCAUGGAGAAGGUGAACAGCGUCAUCGACCUGUCGCUCUUCAAGCACCGAGGUUUCCUCCUCUACCUCCUGGGCAACGUCAUCAUGUUCUUCGGACUCUUCACCCCGCUGGUGUUCCUCAGCAACUUCGCUAAGAGCAAGGAUAUCCCCAAGGAGAAGGCAGCCUUCCUGCUCUCCGUCCUGGCCUUCGUGGACAUGGUCGCCCGGCCCUCCAUGGGGCUCCUGGCCAACACCAAGUGGGUCCGGCCCAGGAUCCAGUACUUCUUCGCGGCCUCUGUGCUGUACAACGGCGUGUGUCAUCUGCUGGCCCCCAUCUCUGUUGACUACACCGGCUUCGUCAUCUACUCCCUGUUCUUUGGUUUUGCCUUCGGCUGGCUGAGCUCGGUGUUGUUCGAGACACUUAUGGACCUGGUGGGAACCCAGCGCUUCUCCAGCGCGGUUGGCCUGGUCACCAUCGUGGAGUGCGGGCCUGUGUUGCUAGGGCCGCCUCUGCUGGGACGAUUCAAAGACAUCUACCAUGACUACAAGUACACAUACUGGAUCUGUGGGGUGAUUCUGGUCGUGGCCAGUGUCUUCCUGUUCGUGGGAAUGGGCAUCAACUACCGGCUGCUGGACAAGGAGAAGAAAGAGGAGGAGAGGAGAGUCAAGAGGGAGGACAGAGAAGACUUGUCUAACAAGAACAACACCGCCAAGGAGUUGGAAGCCUUUAUCGACGAGCCGGGAGCUUCUGAAGAAGCUGUCUAACGGUCAAUCUGACGGCUUUCUUAAUGUGUAAAGAUGUGAACGUGUUAAUGUAUAUGUCAAAGCACUGCUGUGGUGCUAGUCUAUAUGGACAGACUUCAGGAAGAAAAAAAGAUUGUGAUCGACUGCAUUUCUAGUUACCUCUCUUCAUGACUGUAUUAUUAACACUGAUGACAGAAGCAGAACUAACUGAGGCUUCGUUGUAGUUAGUGUGUGAGGAAAGACAGGGAAUUCAUGAAUCAGUUGCAAUGUCAACAAUGUACUUCAAGCAUUAGCAAUAUAUGUGUGUCCAAAUUAUAACUGCUAAUGUUUUCUAUGAAAACAUUUUUAAAGGCUGUAGAAUUCACCUAUCCUUUGCAAUAUUGUUGAGAACAGACAUGUAUCUGCAUUGCAAGUUGAUUUAUUUACUCCUGGAAGCCUCAUGAAAUAUUUGCAAUAUGACACAGUGACACAUUAAUAAGGAUUUUGUGUAGUAUUACUUUGACUGAAUAUAUAUUCUACUCCAUUAUAAACAUUUAAAUGUGAUGUGUCACUAAGACCUCUGUCAGAUAACGUUUGGGUUAGAACAAUUUUUCUUAUUCAUUCCUGUCAUCAUUGAAGGUGUGCAUAUGCCGUGCUACGAGAAUAAAAUACUCACGAGACGGGUGGGAUUUGACAAACCGA